AUGGCGACUACUAAUAUUGUUGAUCCGUCUCAAGUUCCUACGUCUCCUUAUUAUCUUCAUCCUUCAGAUAAUCCUGGAAUGAAGUUAGUUUCUCUUCAAUUUGAUGGUACUGGUUUUGGUGAUUGGAAGCGAUCUAUGAUGAUGAGUUUAAGUGCUAAGAACAAAACUGGGUUCAUUGAUGGAACCAUUGUAAAACCUCCAGAUACUGAUAUUUUGAGCAAGCCAUGGGAGCGUUGCAACAGCAUGUUAAGUUCAUGGUUAGUUGGAAGCCUUGAUCCAAACAUUUCCAGAAGUGUACUCUAUUUUCCAACUGCUCGAGAGAUAUGGCUGAAUCUCGAAGAAAGAUAUGGGCAAGCUUCUGGUACAUCUCUAUAUUCUUUGCAAGAAUCUUUACAUGAAAUUAGACAAGGCACAGAUUCUAUUUCUGCAUAUUUUACCAAGAUAAAGAUGAUUUGGGAUCAAUUAGAUGCUAUAGAUUCAAUUCCUACUUGUGAAUGCAAUAAUUGUACAAGUACAAUUACUCAGAAAUUGGUUAAGUCAAGGGAGAAUCGUAGAUUAACUGAAUUCUUGAUGAAACUUGCUAGUGGUUAUGAGAUUCUUAGGGGCAAUAUGUUGCUUAUGAACCCUUUACCAUCCAUUUCUCAUGCUUAUCGAUUACUGUUACAAGAAGAAAACCAUAAGAAGCUUACUCAGAGUUCACAAUCUCAUGAUGAGUCCAUGGCUUUUGCUGCUAACAGAAGAGGUUUUGAUAAUAAGUUCAAACCAAGAAAUAACUAUGGGAACAACACUGAUGGAAAGGGCUGA